AUGAGGUGGUGGAGUGGAAGUGGAUCAAGCAAUAAGCAGCAGCCACGAGACCAAGGGCAAGAAGAGAGCAAGCGCGGCAAGAGCAAGGCGGCCUUCUCGCCGCUCGCAUGGCUCUCCAAGCUGACGGCCGCCAAGAGCAACAACGCCGCUGCCUCUAAGCCCAAGCACUGUGCACCGCCUGCGCCCGAGACCAAGAACGCCGGGAGUGGCUUCCCGUCCUUCUUCCACAAGCGCGCAACCCCGACCCCGAGCCCCGCGGCGUCGCAGAGCAGCCCGGCCGAUUCCUCGCCCGCUGCCGCCACCACGGCUCCCGAGGUCCCGCUCGCGCCGCGUCGCCUCUCGGUCGGCAACGAAGACGCCGAGACGGCCGCGGCCGUGCGCCAGCUCUGCCGCCGCCGCCACUACUCCGUCGGCGGCGAUCGCGACCUCCCGCCGCUCCGCCACCUCAUCCCGUUCUCCCGCGCCGCCUCCCCGCCGGAGCCCGCGCCAACGACUCCAAUGCCACCGCUGCCGGCGUCGGACACGGACGAGGAAGAGGAAGAGGAGAAGCGGCCGCGGGUAAUAAUCCGCCCGCGCCGUCGAUGCCGAGGGGGAAAAAGCGAGCGGCGGCCGUCCUUCUCCGGAAGGAACCCACUGACACCGGGCGCGACGAGGCUGGCGGUGCGCGUCCGGUCGCCACGUUGCGCCGUGUCCGGGUCUUCGGGGCUGGAGAGGUUCGCGGUGGUGCGGCGGACGAGCGACCCGCAGCGGGAGUUCCGGGAGUCGAUGGUGGCGAUGAUCGCGAGCAGGCGCAUCGGGCGGCCCGAGGAGCUGGAGACGCUCCUGGCGUGCUACCUCUCGCUCAACGCCGACGAGCACCACGACUGCAUCGUCAAGGUGUUCCGCCAGGUCUGGUUCGACCUCAAGCUCAAACCACCCCGCGCCGCCGCCGCCCCGGCGCGCCCGCGCGGCUGA